UUCUCCUCUCUCUCUCUUCCCCAAAAGGGCGCCUGUGAUAUUGCUGGGGAUGUUGGUGGCGGGGAGGGCAGAAUUUCGUCGCAGAUAGUACGUGAAAUGCUAUUGCAGCGAGCGUCUUCAAGCACGUUUUCAAUUAGCGUGUAGAACGCCCGCUCAUGAUCGCGAUGAAUCCGGACGUCAGCGCACACAGAGUAACAUUAACGAGCUCAGAACCCUUCAAAAGAUUGGUGCGGUUGGUAGCACGGGCUUUUUAUGAUGACGUUACCACCAAGGGUGAUAACCAGCCGAAAACCGGUCGGAGUGAUAACAGAGGAAUUGCAGUGGUUGUUCUGGACGCCUUGACUAGGCGACAGUGGGUUAAAGAAGAAGAUUUAGCAAAGGACUUAAAGUUGCACUCCAAACAGCUUCGUCGUACUUUACGUUUUUUUGAAGAAGAGAAGCUCGUCACUAGAGACCAAAGGAAGGAAACUGCAAAAGGGGCGAAGUUUCACAGUGCUGCUGUGGCUGCGACUGGUGAUGGACAACAGAUUGUUAAGGAGGGUGAAGAAAAGAUAAAGCAACAUAUGCAUUCUUAUUGCUGCUUGGAUUAUGCACAGAUUUAUGACGUUGUUAGAUAUAGAAUACACCGAAUGAAGAAAAAGCUCAAAGAUGAACUGGAUAACAGAAACACAAUCCAGGAAUAUAUCUGUCCCAAUUGUAAGAGAAGGUAUUCUGCUUUGGAUGCUCUAAGGUUGAUAAGCCCAAAUGAUGAAUACUUUCACUGCGAGAAUUGUAAUGCAGAACUUGUGGCUGAAAAUGAUAACCUUGCUGUUGAUGAAAUAGCAGAAGGCGAUGACAAUGCAAGGAGGCGCCGCCGAGAGAAACUUAAGGAUAUGCUACAAAAGAUUGAGGUACAGCUAAAGCCAUUAAUGGACCAAUUGACAAGAGUAAAGGAAUUGCAAGCUCCUUAUUUUGGAACUCUCCAAGAAUGGCAAGCUCGUGCAAUUGCAGCUGGACGUGUUAUCAAUGGUGAUUCGACUGUUGACCCUUCCAGAUCUUCACAGCCACAUGCACAUGGUGGAACACCGAUGCCAUUUGUUGGCGAGACAAGCGUAGAGGUCUCUCUUUCUGGUGUAGAAGUCAAGGAAGAGGAUUCCAAGCCUGCAGUUGCUGCAACAGCGAUGAAAGCUUUACCUCCUUGGAUGAUCAAGCAAGGAAUGCAGUUGACAAAAGAACAGCAGGGUCUGGUUAAACAAGAAACAAAAAUGGAUGGGUUAACAAGUUCAAAUGGGUCAACUGAGGAUAAAAAGCCUGGAAAUCAGGAAAAAGAGGCUACUCAGAAUUUACAGGAAGAAUAUCUCAAGGCCUAUUACAGCGCACUGCUUGAGAGGCAGAAAGCAGCAGCAGUGGCUGCUGCAGCAGCUGCAGCAGCAACUAAUGCCAGCACUUUGGGCACUUCAACUACUGUUUCUGAACCAACGUCUCAGCGGCAGGUUGGAAUGAAGGCGAAAAGAGAAGACGAUGGUGAUGAAGAUAUUGAAUGGGAGGAGUCUGAGUCUCCAGGUAAUGUGAAUGAGGUCCGCAAGGUCCAAGAUUUGAAUGCCGUAGCAGAGGAGUCAGGUGAGGAUGAGGAUGACAUAGAUUGGGAAGAAGGCUAAGGUUCCUGCAAGGACUGAGUGGUUUUUGAGCUCAAAAAAUUUGUCCCUUUUGCUUGCCUAUCUACAUAUUGACCUGCUGGGAAAGGUUUCAUCCUUCGCCUUAACCAAAAGACUGUUACAUGAAGAAGCUGUUACUGUAAAAAAGACGAUGAGCUGCGGCCGGGAUGAUGGAUGAAAGAUUGGCAAUAUUGCUGAUUUAACUUGCUGUUGUUGCGACUUCACAUCAAUUUCAAAGGUGCAAUUUAGUUUGAAAGGCUGGUCGGAGAUUUGCAGCAACUGUAACCGUUGGCCAGGAUAUGUUUUCUCUGCUAGAACUUCUGUUCAGGUUUAAAUCUAUAGCAAACCCGCAACUGGUGCUUGUACUUCAGAUUUGUCUUUGAACUAAUCUAGACCUGUUCUAGUGCUUUUGUAUUCAUAUAAGCUAGAAAAGCUUGACUUAUGAAUUGGUCAUCUUGUUUUUGGGA